GGAAGAACCCUUCUAAAAACCUGCGGCAUAAAGGACCAACCAUGUCGCCUAGUUUCGUCUUCGAUCCUCCUAGCGACGAAGAAAUCGAACACUCUGAACACGAAGAAGAAGAAGAAUCCGAAGAAGAACCAGAGUCAGGAUCAGGAACAGGAUCAGAAUCAGAGUCAGAAGGAGAAGGAGAAGAAGAAGAAGGGCACGAAGAAGCGCGGGUUCCGAAGAAGAAGAAGAAGAAAACGCAGUCUCCAUGGGACUUUGCUAAAUACACGGAAUCAGUGGCGGAGGAACACGCUCGCAGGAGCACAACCUCGGUCGACGAGAAAAUCUCCAAAGCACUCAAACAACGUUCCACGCCGCUCGUUGCUGAGCUUGACCACAGCUCCGAGUCCGAACCUGAUGAACAAGUAGAAGAUUAUAGACCAGAGGAAGAAGAUGAAGAAGAGGGUAAUGAUGGUGAUAGCAAAUCCUUUUUUGCUCCUUCUGAUGGAACCUCUUUCCAUGCUGAUUCCUUCUUGCAGCUCAAUCUGUCUCGCCCUUUGCUCCGGGCUUGUGAGGCCUUGGGGUAUUCUAAACCAACGCCAAUUCAGGCAGCUUGUAUUCCAUUGGCAUUGAGUGGUCGUGAUAUAUGUGGUAGUGCCAUUACUGGGUCAGGGAAGACAGCUGCAUUUGCACUACCUACUUUAGAGAGGUUGUUGUUCCGUCCAAAGCGCAUGCGUGCAAUAAGGGUCCUCAUUCUUACUCCAACCAGAGAGUUGGCAGUCCAAGUUCACAGUAUGAUAGAGAAGCUUGCUCAGUUUACUGAUAUAAGGUGUUGCCUGGUUGUUGGGGGUCUGUCAACAAAGGUGCAAGAGGCUGCUUUGAGAACAAUGCCAGACAUUGUUGUGGCUACUCCAGGACGCAUGAUAGACCAUUUACGCAAUGCUAUGUCCGUGGAUUUGGAUGAUCUUGCUGUUCUAAUCCUUGAUGAGGCUGAUCGUCUUUUGGAGCUUGGAUUUAGUGCUGAAAUUCAAGAACUUGUUCGCUUGUGUCCCAAAAAAAGGCAGACUAUGUUGUUUUCAGCAACAAUGACUGAGGAGGUUGACGAACUUAUUAAACUUUCCCUGUCAAAGCCCUUGCGUCUUUCUGCUGACCCAUCUACAAAACGGCCAGCAACCUUGACUGAGGAAGUUGUUAGAAUACGAAGAAUGCGUGAAGUAAAUCAGGAAGCAGUUCUUCUUGCAAUGUGCUCCAAAACUUUUACUUCCAAAGUCAUCAUCUUCAGUGGAACAAAGCAAGCUGCGCAUAGAUUGAAGAUUAUAUUUGGAUUAGCUGGCUCAAAAGCUGCUGAGCUUCAUGGAAAUCUUACUCAAGCCCAGCGCCUUGAGGCUUUGGAACAGUUCAGGAAGCAGCAAGUGGAUUUUUUGGUUGCAACAGAUGUGGCUGCCCGUGGCCUUGACAUUAUUGGUGUUCAAACAGUUAUCAACUUUGCAUGUCCACGCGAUCUUACUAGCUAUGUUCAUCGAGUUGGUCGUACUGCAAGAGCUGGAAGAGAAGGAUAUGCAGUCACUUUUGUGACUGACAAUGACCGAUCACUUUUAAAAGCCAUUGCAAAGAGGGCAGGUUCAAAGCUGAAAAGCCGCAUUGUUGCCGAGCAAUCUAUACAUAAGUGGUCUCAUAUAAUUGAGCAAAUGGAAGACCAAAUUUCUGAAGUACUUCAAGAAGAGAGAGAAGAAAGAGUUCUAAGAAAAGCCGAAAUGGAGGCCACAAAGGCUGAAAACAUGAUUGCACAUAGGGAAGAGAUCUUUUCCCGCCCCAAAAGAACCUGGUUUGUCACAGAGAAGGAGAAAAAGCUUGCUUCAAAAGCAUCCAAGGCAUCCAUGGAUAAUAGCAAGAGUUCUGGGAAAGAUGUAAUUAGUGCUGAACAAGCUGAAAACCUUAGAAUGAAGGAGAAGAGGAAGCGAGAGCGUGAGAAACAUUUGCCUAGAAAGCAGCGUAGAAAGUUGGAAGCAGCUAGAGAGAUGCUGGAGGAUGAGGAGGAGGAUGGUAAACAAGUAGAGGCUAAGGGGGGGAAUAAAAAAGACAAGGGUGGAAUGUCACUUGUUGAUCUUGCAUACCGACGGGCAAAAGCAGUAAAGGCUGUCAAGAAGGCAUUAGAUUCUGGCAAGAUUGUGGAGAAGAAUAAAAAGAAAUCUAAUAAUAAUUCCCGGAAAACUCCUUCAAGGACAGAAGAGAUGCGGGAGCUAUUCCAGACUGACAUGAAGGAUAAAAAGCCAAAAAGAGGUGUUGGAGGAGGAAAGAAGUCAAAGAGUUCAUUCAAAAGCAAGUCAAGGUACAAGCGCAAGUAGUCUGAGGCUAAUAAUCCUUGUCAUAAAUAUGUGCAUGGAAGGACCAUAAAUCUCCAAAAUGCGUGUCCUUAUACCAUAUGGAGGUGAUUAAAUGGAGCUCCACUGUGAAUUUCAGCUAGUGAUUGUGGGUCUUUUGGGUGGCCAUGGUGAUAUGGGGUAUGGUAGCAGUAACUACUACCUACCAAUACCCUUUUUUUUGUUCAUUGUAUCUCGUGAGCUUGGUUCUUAUCCCAAAUGGAUAGCAUAAUUUAUAGCAUUGAGUUUUAAAUGUUACCAAUAGAAAAAAUAUUUAUUUUAGAUUAACUCUUUAAUAUCAUUGAUUCUGCUGUAUAUCCGUUAAUGCACCGUUAUUUGUGAAAAGCUCCUAAUUAUUGAGUAUUGACCCUAUAAUUUAAAGAAAUGUAUUACUCCUUGGGAAA